GGGCAGUGCAGUCGCAGGGAUAAACAUAAACAGAGCCAGCAGUCUGCCAGGAGCUUCGGUCUAAAUGGAAUUAAAGAGGCGGCGGCGACCGAGCCCAAAGUCCUCAGUGCCGCAGUCGGUGUCCAUCGCCGGACCUAUCGGAUUCCGAACCGGAUGCGGAAGUGUGUUGCCCAGCGCACGGCUAAAAGGAUAAUUAAUUAAUGGGACCCAGAAGUAAAGGGGAGAAACCAAAAACAAUACAGUGCAGUGCUGUUUCGGCUCUCGAUGGCCAGGUGUAACCGAAAUAAUUGAACAAUUCGGGAGGCAAAUCGAUAAAUGUCCUCAUAAAUAAGUCGCUCCGGGCAGGUGAAGCAGCUCACGUGUGUGCGUUUGAUUAAUGGCAUGUUGCCCAGUUGAAUGUUGUCAAGGAUUCCAGCCAGCUAGCUAGCUAUCUAGCUCCUCCCCCAGUAGUCGUCGUCCACAUCCUGUCAAUCAACUUCGACCCACAGAGGACACAGCUGGUAUUGUAGGUUUCCAUGGAUCUGCUUCUGAAUCCGGAUCCUUUAUUGCUGUUGUGUCAUGCACGUGUUUUCAAUCUUAGCUGUAAUUAGCGACCAUAGAAAUCCACAUCCACUCAUUGCACCUGCACUUGGCUUAAAGGUCAAGGAUGUAGUAGAUGUCCUGGUUGUGGCUAAUGCCACUUUAAUCACAUGCUUUUUGCCUGAUUAAUCCGGGCAAUGGAUUGGACUCUGGCAAAUACUACAAUGUUGUGUUUAUGUAACCAAAUGAAACCCCUCCUGCAAUCUACACUUUCCUUCGCCUUUCCCAGCAAUUAAAUGCCGACCGGGUCUAUAAACAGAUCUCACUGUCAGUGUCUGUUGCAGCAUUCUUGGGAUGUUUGUUUGGGCGCACUUAAUGCCAAGUGGAAUGAACUUGAUGAGCAGCACUAGCAGUUGCCACUUUCAGUGGCCCACAAAGGCGCCUCCAUCUCCGAUGGCUUGUAGUGCGGCAAUUGAACCCGACUGCUGGGUUGUUGGGCCCUUUGGAGGGGGCUUGCAUCCUCACAAACAUGGCUGAAACACAAAACAUGCAAUCUGUCGACUCAACAGCUUGAACUUGUCCCGUCCACUGCACAAAACUUUUGAUGAACUUGCCGUUUUGUAAUCGCAAUCACAGUCUAAUGCACCCCGAACAAUAGAGGCCAUCAGUUUUAAGCUUUAUAAGUUUAAUUGUAGCGGCUUGGUGAAGGGGAAGGCUAAAACUGUGUAAAACCUAAGUAAUCAGUUAUAAAAGAGAAAGGAAAAUCAUAAAAAGACUAAGUUUUAUAUACUUCUAUAUCAGAACAUGAUAUGGGAAUUUGAAAAAUACUCCCAUUUACAUUUUGAUCUGAAAAACGAAGAUUUUUCAAUUACAGCAUGGACAUCUUUAGUCACAUUCCAUGAAUUCGAUUUUGAUACGCUGUUAGCAGUUUUUCCUCCCAAGCGAAAUGAUGAUAUGAAAAACUCCCUUGACGAAAUUGUUUUCGAGUAAAUAUUGUAGCAAACCCCAUCCAUUUUCCAUUACCAAUCUGGCUGGCAAUCAACCAACUCGAUAUGGCCGAGGCUAUAUCUCUAAAAAUACCUUGCCCAAGCGAAAUAGUGUGUGAUAAGCAAGUGCAUUUCGAUUGAUGAAUUCCGGAAAAGCGGAGCGGAUCGCCGGAGAGCGGCUCCGUGAAUAGAUAAAUAUUUUCCGACAGAGAACGCGGAACAAACGCGCGCGGCGUGUGACCACCACCAGUGACAAAAAAAAAAAAAACACAACAACAACGGUCCAAAAGUGAAACCAACUGAAAAGCUUUCGGAUCUCGAAGUCGCCGCAGGUUUAGUCGGCAUUAGUCGCGCGCGGAACGGCACGGCAAACGAUCCACGAUCCCCGAUCGACGACAGAUCAUCGACAAAAAACCACAAAAACGACGACGCAUGGACGGACCAGCGGACUCCGUGCGCGAUUUUCAUUCACUUUUCACCCAACUUCUCGGUUCUCAGUUCGCGGUUAUAUAUAUAUAUAUAUAUAUAUAUACAUAUAUAGAUAAUACCAAACCGACCAGUAGUUAACGAAGCAACCGGCCACCGGUUCACUUGUCCAGCAGUUCAUCAGUUUAACGGCGGCAGUUGGGAGGAAAACUCAUCAUUAUCCGUAAUAAUCGUUAAAGUUAGAGCUUUUACCCCACCUCCUCCAUGAGCCUCGAAUUCAAACUUCGCGUUGUCACGUAAUGCCCAUACAAUUUAAUUUUAUAAUUAAAUUUUUUUGGAAUAUAUCGUACUGAGGGGUGAAGCAAGUGCUGUCGCCAUUUCUCGUGAUUUUUUGGCAACCAAAAAGUAAAUCUUAGCCAGCAACCGCAUCCGCAAAAAUGGAGUCGAAACGCUCGAAAAAAGGACGCAAAUCUCGGCCAUCUGAGUCCGAGCAUCCAUCUAACCAACAGCAGGAGCAGCAGCCACAUCACCAUCAUCCCUGGGACGAAGUGUCGCUACCUGGCGCUGGAACUGGCCCCACUGAGCAGCCGACCAUACUACUGAUCAACGGCAUCGCCAGCGAUUCCCAGCUAGAGGAUAAGCAGUCCAAAGCAGCCGCCUUAAAGUUAGCUCUCGAUAACAACAACAGCGAGGCAACAGCACCAGCACCAGCCCAGCCACACCAAGUUCCCACCACUCCGGGUGGCUCGCAUCUCCUGGACUUCGAGUCGCAUCUCAUCGAGAGCAUUGCCGACGAGGCCAGUGGCGUUGGGAUCAGGGAACUAACUCCGUUCGAGCAAGAAUUGCAGCGGGGCACCUCCAAGGCGGGCACCAAUGACACAGACCCAGUCAUAGAGGUAGAACCAGCUGGUGUUAGGACCAAACAGCCUGUGGAAAUCUCACCGCCGGCACAUCAAAUCGCCGAGGUUGACGAGACGGCCACUCCGUCGGAGGAAGUACGUCGCACUGCCGAGCAGCUGGUGGAUGAGAUCGAACAGGAGCUGAUCCAGGCACUCAGCCGGGAUGUAGACGAGGCGCAGCGCGUGCACGAGGAUCAGGUCCAGCGAGAUCGCGACGAGAUCAGCGCACUCACUCAACAGGUCGAAGUCCAGUUGAAUGAGCUGACCGGUAUCCUUAAAAACAAGCCCCAGGCGGAGAUUGUCUUGGAACUGCCGGCGGAGGAGGAGGAGGAGCAGAAGCCGAAGCCAUUUGUCGCUGCUCCCAGUGAACUGAAGCUCGUGGAGGUACCCACUCCCAAAACUGAGGCUGAGGAACAGGAACGCAAGGAGUUCAUCGACUCACUGCCCCAAAUCGAGCAGAAUCGCCUGCAGGGAGUCAGUGGAUCCGAGGAGACGGAUGCUCAAAAACUAUCGGCAGACUGCAAGAGGGAGUACUACCAAUCGCUGAAGAAGUACCUCCUGCACAGCAGCCAGGAGAAGCCGCCAGUGCCACUGCAAACAUAUCGCUGGGAGGACCUCAAACGAGCCAAGGAACGGGGCGGCUAUCCCUGGACACAUUUGUACAAACGCCCACUGGGACCCGAUGAGCAGCCGGAAAUUGUGCUGCUCCUGCGAAAGUCCCAGGAACUGCGUUUCAAGUCCGAGUCUCCCAAGUCCCUGAAAAAGGUACGCUACGACGAGCAGGUGUUGGUGAAGGAGACCGAACGCUACAUACAGGACCUUUCCGAGGACGAGGCGGUAGCCACAACCACCGACGACAGCAGCGAAGAGUCCUCCGAUUCAGAGACCGAAUCGGAACGUGAUCAGCACAACGAAGACGCUCUGAGUGAGUGCAUCUCCUGUGUUUCCGACUCCGUGCUAGCGGUUGGAGGACACGCCCGACCACGUAAGACGAAUCGGCUGGCCCACAUCCGUGACCUCAUACGGCGCAGGCGCAGCGGACGCACCCACGAGGACGCCCAGUCACUGCCCGGCAACUCCGCUAAUCCCAGUCGACAGAGCAGCGUUCACGAACUAGCCCCGCCGCCGGGAUCCCUAAUUCCCAACGCCGAUAAGCCUCCGAAGUCCAGCAAACCCAAGCAAGGAUUCGACAUCAUGAAGAAGCUGAAGAGUCUGGCCGAGCGCCAGAAGAAACGGCUGAACAUUAAGAGGAUCACCCUGAAGAAGGACGAGAAAAUCGUUCUCGGCGAGCAGCAGAAGAUUAUGAAGCUAAAAGCCUCACCCAAGUCGGAUCGCGGUGAGAUUCCUCACUUCAUCGAGAAGCAGGACUCCGACGAAAUCCUGGAACUGGUGGAGUACGAUGAAUCGCCAUGCCGCAAGCGAACCAAGGAGGAGCUACUGGAAGAUCAGCCCAGUGGCAGUGGAAGAGUGCCUGAACCCGAUGAGAUCAUCGAGCUGCCUGUGGUCAAGACUGAGAUAGAGGCUCCCACAGUGGAAGUCACCGAGCCUGCAGAGGAAAAAGUGGAUCAUAAGGAAGAAAAGGAAUCGGAAGCAGAGGAGGACCCGCCCAAGAAAACACCUCGCAUUCGGCGGGAGCAUGUAUACGAAGAGAUUGGCCAGGCUGGAUCACAGGAGCUUGUGAAUCAGCCAAUCCUGGAGCUAGAAUCUCUAAAGAAAUCUCUGACGCGUCAGGACAAUCUCGCCAUCGAUGAGAUCGAGGCGGCCAAGGCAGUGCCGCUGGAUCGCAUGGGCAGCAGCGAGGAGGAGCAGGUGACCGCCGGCAAACCCGGUGCGCUAUUUGCCCCCAUCUCGUCCAUAGACUCCACCUCGUCGGAUGAAGAUCGCGCCCGCCUGGCGCAACUUUCACCCGUUACCGAGGAGAGUGAUGAACCCAUGGACAUCAGUCCAGAUCUGCGUCCAUCCAUCAAGAAGGAAGCUUCCCCAGCGCCCUCAGACAAAAAGGUCACCUUUUCUCACGUCGAAGACGAAGCGGAACCGCAUCGUGAGGAUGUCGAGCUGCCUGAGGAUGUCCUGGAGGCGGCUACCAAUGCCGCCAAAUGGAAAAACGAGAGUGAUCAUGAAUACGAGCCCGUGGGCGUGACGCCGGCGCACGAAUCCUCGCCAGCACCUAGCCCCCAAAGCGAACUGCAGCUGCCCAUGGACAUCGACUUACCGCUUAGUUCCGCCGGGACCACACCACGCACUGAAUCCCGGACUGAUUAUGAAAUCCACACCAGUCAAGUGGACUCAAGCGCCUUGGAGGAGUUGCCGUUGCAGCCGGAGAAUCGUCGCAAGGGUUUCAUGGCUUCGGCACAGGAUCGCACCAAGAAGAUGCAGGAUGGCAUACGUUUGCAAGCUGGAAAAUUACGCACACGACUCCAAACCAAGCCGAAACCAAAACCAGUUUCCGGGAGUCCAAAAGGUAAGGCCAAGGAGCGACGACGCUUUAAGGCUCCCGAGUUCUCGAAGAUCAAGAUGCCUGAGAUUAGGCGACCGGAUAUGUCCAAGCUUAAAGAGCUAAAGCGACCCGAGUUCACCAAGUUUAACAAGCCGGACAUGUCCAAGUUCAAGUUGCCAGAGAAGUUCUCCACUCUGAAGCUGCGUCGUAGCAAAAGUUUCAAGGAAAACGAAGGUGAAGUGGUUUCGGAUGAAACCCCGGAAGGCACUGGAGGCACAGCGUCCCCAACUCAGCCGGCGCCAAAGAAGAAGUUCGAGUUCAACUUUGGCACCUACCCACGUGCUUUUCGUAAGAAGAAGCCGGUAGAGGAACCAGUUGCGGUGGCCACUGAGUCAUCAUUGGGAACUGAAGGCCUUAGUGUGAUUCCCAGCACGGAGACGCAACCGUCGCAGACCUCUACCAGCUCUCCGCAAGGUGAUCGUGGACCCGGACCCGUUCGUUCCCGCUGGGCGGAUAAGUUCUCCGAUGUGAGCUACAACGAUAGCGAAGGAUCACGUUACCGACGCUACGGCAGCGAACUAGAAAGCUUCGACAGAGAAUCCUCUCUGGAGCGACGCAUGAAGGAGGAUCUGGAAGGCACCGAAGAUACGGCCAGUGAGGCACAGCCCCAACAGGAGAUGGGCAUUUUGGGCGUGGUGGCCGAUAACAAACAGUUUGCCGAAUUCGACGAGGAAAACCGGGCCAUUCACGAGAUAUCAAGUAAGAGAUCCCGGGAGUUCAAGCGCCGCCCUAUGGUUCAUCAAGAUUCUGACCUGCGUUCGGAGGAUAGCAGAGAUGCUGAAGGCUGGACGGAGAAGGAUAUACAGAAGAACAAGCUACUGAGGAAGGCGGAAUUGGAGGCGGAGGCUGGCUUUUACAAGUUCCACGACUUACAGGAUGCUCAAUCCACAGCCAGUUCUGGCAAGAAAGUGGUCAUGGAGACAAUCGAUGAUGAUGAGUUCUUCCUUCGCAAGCGUGGAAUUUCCGAAGAUAACAUCCAGUUGCGACAGUACAUCAGUGAAGCUAUUCGCGAGGGUUACGACAUGCCCAAUGCCCUUAAGCAUGUGGGCUACUCAGCCGAGCAGGUUCCGGCGGAAUAUGGUGACUACGAUGUGCCUCCGGCCAAGCCGCGUCGCCUCCACCGAAACUACCAGCCUGACUUCGACUCGCAGGAGUUUCAACGCAGUGAUUACGGCGACGAUCUAUCCAUGUCACAAAAUGGCAGUGAGUUCACUCCAAAGCGACCACUUCGUAAGGCUCGCAGUCGCAGCAAAUACUCGAUUGAGGGCAGCCAGGACAUCCCCCAGGAUGGUGGUAGCAGUAUCCAGUACUUCGAAGAUGACGAGGAGUACCUACGGCCGCCGGCCAGAGAUCAACCGCUCACGGAUUCCGAGCAGGCACUCAAUAACCUCGAUCUUGGCGGCAAGGCAGCGGCGAUGAUUCAGGAGGAGAUGGAGCAGGAGCUACAGAAUAAGCCCCGUCCGCAGGCACCGAGGCGCCAGAAGAAACGCACAAGGGACGACGCAUCCGUGGACAAGGAUGCAGACUCCUUCAUUAACGGCUUCGGUGGUAGAUCAGUAUCGAACACCUUUUUGCAGCCACACGAAGAUGUAAUUGUUUAUCGCACUGAACACGAAUAUCGUCACAUACCGCUAGCCACGCCGGACAGAUUUACGGAUGCCACCUCUGCGCGCACACAGCGUUCCGAGGACGACCGCACUUCCCGUGGUGCCGACUCCCUGAUUCUGGACGGGCACAUAAAGUCCCGCGCCGAGCUGGAUGACAACGAAGAUGUGGGACCACGGACAAGGAGCGAUGAGAAGUUCGUCAUCGAUAUGCUGGAGAGUGAUGGCUAUGCGGUGGUCCGCAAGGAACCGCUUCCGAAGCCAACGCCACCUGCCCGCCGGAAGAAGUUCAUACGAUCGCCGGGUGAGCGGUUCGCCACGUUGCCCAGCAUUCGAGGCUCUCGGGGAUCACCGCCACCCGAACGACCACCGCCACCACAGCAAUACGUGCCCACUGAGGACUCUCCGGUGGUGCCACGCCGCAGAUCCGCGGCCAGCCUGGACGAGAUACCGCUGAUGAUCAAGUCGAACUACGAGUCGCAGAAGGAGAAGACGAAGCAGCCGGAAGAGGAGGAUGACUACGAGGAGCCGGGUGCUUUGGAUCGCUCCAAUUUGCAGUCGGGCGCAGUCAUCAACAAGAUGAAGUUCCGACCACUGCCGCCGCCACCGCGUCCUCCGCGCGAGAAGCGAUCCACGAGAGCAGGAAGCCAGACUCACGAGAGUUACGAGGACAGUGAACAGGUGGCCAGUUCCAGCCAGGCGGAUAGUUAUGACCAGGGUGAGUUUGAGGUAGAGGUGUCCACCCAAACGGAUCCGCUGCCCGAUGAUUUUGUGUGCGAGGAGUUCGAGAUCACUGAGGACAUGAAGAUCAUCGAACCGCGACGCUCCAAUGGAUCGGCUAACAAAACCCUUGAGGAUCUGUUGCGCAGCGUAGAGGCAGCUCAGGAGCAGGAUGAGGUAGAUGGAGCUCGAGUUCUGUCCGAGGACGAGCAGCUGGCUAAAGGUCUGCAGAGAUUCCGGGACGCCAAUCAGCGCAGCAUGUCGGAGCGAUCACGGGCUUCAUCGCAAGCAGAUCGUUCCAAGUCGCUGAGCCGGCCGCAGACGCCUUCAUCGGCGGUGAUCAUCGAACGCCGUGUGCCCACUCCCAGCCUAACUGUUGGCGAGGAUGAUGCCACGGUGCAGGCCUCACUAAUCGUUAGACCCAUUAGUGCUGCCGAUUUGAUUGACGAUGAUCUGCGACGGGAGGAGGAGGAACUGCGUCGUGAGGGCUUGCUCUCUGACAGCUCGGUGCAAAGUAAAUCCGACGUGGAGGAUGAGCACGGUGAGGUGGCAUUGAGUGACUACGCCGCCAGCACGGCAGAUUUGGACGCAGCGGUGGAGCAACUACAGCAGGCUCAGCUGGAGAGCGACUACGAGAGUAAACUGGAGGACGAUGAAGUUGAACGAACCCUCAGGGACAGCGAGUAUGAGGAGGAAAAGUUUUCGGAGCAGGAGGAAGAGCAGGAAACAACGAAAUUGGAAAAGGAACUAACUGAGCAGGAACUGGAGGAGGCUCUGGAGAAGGAGCUACAGGAAGCAAUGGAGAAGGAGCUAUCUGACUACCGCCAAAAGGAGAAGGAGCAAGAAUCAGAGCAAGAGCAGGCCUUCUCCGAGGAGGAAUUGGCUGCUUCCGAGAUUGAUUACCACCAAUCUGAAGAGGAGCAAGCCACCUCCGAGGUCGGUUAUCACCCAUCUGAGGAUGAGCAUCCCUUAUCCGAUGGUGAACAGCCUCUCUCCGAGGAGGAGCACACUUUAUCCGACACGGAACAUACCCCGACUGAGCCCGAAACCCAGAAAGUUGAGGAAACCAUUCACAAAUCCACAGCUAGCGAACCCACCGAGGCCGAAGUUGAGCUAAAAUUCGUUGCCACUUUGCCCACCGAACCAGCUUUUGGAGACAAAGAGGAGGAACCAGAGGAGCCUCCUCUUCCACCACCACGUCGCAAGUCCACCACCGCCCUAGAAACCAUUGCCACCACAGCCCUGACCAUAGCCGAACAGUACAGCCGCGAGCUUACGCCCAUCCAGACGGUGCAAUCUGCGCCAGAACCGCAAUUCCCCAGUCGCCUGGCCGAAUUAGAGGUGGAACGUCUGCGCGUCCAUGCCCUGCAGGCUGGUCAGAUUCAAGUAUCGCAACUGCAUGGCAAUCAAGUCAAAGCAGACGAUCUGCAGUGCAAGUCCGGACAACUGGUGGUGCAGAAUAUCGAACUCCCGCCUGGUUUUAUUGAUGACAUUGUGGAGCGGGUGCAGCGAGAGCAGCGUCCAUCUUUGCUUACCACUGAAACCCAGACUAGUCGGCAGGCAAGUAGCGAACCCGCCACCUCCGAGAAGGAGCUGCCCGUUAAGCCACCUCGUCACAGCAAGACCACCGAGCAAGUGCCACCCGCAUCCAAUCUGGACGAGCAGACCCAGACGGAUGCCGGUUUGUUGCCACUACCUCCACCGCCGACAGCCUAUCCCAGUGUUGAGUACCUUCAGUCCUUGGCCCCACUAGCCUUCUUUAAUCUGCAGCGAAGCGCAGAGGCGGAGGAAGCGGAGGACUUGAAAUCAGUCGAGCGAAAGGCACCGCACAAAUGUCGACGUCGUCAUGUCCAGGAACCCCUCGAACCGGAAUCAGGUUCCGAACCAGAGGAACACUUGGUGGAGCGACCACGCUCGCGAUCGCGUCGCUCUCGUACCCGCAGUGCUACCCAGCCAUUGGAUGAAGACUACGACGACGAUCAGCCCAAGACGGUUGCUCAAGCAGGACGGAAUUUUGCCUCCGCCUGCAGCCUGGAACUGGUUAACAUUAUCAACCAGCUGACGCACUAUGUUCGAGGUGAAGCAAUGGAGCCUCAACAGGCGACACGUAAUAUAUCAGCACUGGUGAUCCUCUUCAUCGCGAUCACGCUCGCAGUUUUGGUAUUCCUGUUAACGGGGCGGCAGGUGCACACCCAUCAUUGGGACUACUUUAAUCCGCCCGGGAACGAUCAUGGAAGGCAGACGUGAGGGACUGUGGGCAGUCCCAUCCUGGUUUUGUUAUCCUUUGGAGCGGUAUUGCAUUUUGGAGCAUCGAAUCUGGCCAAGAUACUUGGCGGGAUGAAGAAACGAAUUUAAACGCGGCCAGGUGUCCGCUCGAAACUUGAAGGCCUUAAUGAUACUAACAAGAAAUUACUUUAGGAAUGAGGUGCGCCAAUGGGGGCGGCGUUGGGCAGGGGCGUGCCCGUGCUACUAGUCACACAAAACAAUCGAAACCAGAAUCCCAGUUCAAUGACCCAUCAUCACACACAUACCGACAUCUAACUUGUACUAACCAGAAAUAUAGAGGGAACAUUUUUCAACGUUGUCUACCAACGAUAUAGAAAUCUAUAUGGCAGAGCAUAGCAACAGAAGCAACGAUCAUGUAUUAACUAUUUACUUAACUCAUGCUAUGUACAUACAUACGACGUUCUCUGUUUCUUGCGAGGAGGGGGCGAGGACCACUAAUAAGAACUUAUUUUGUUUGCUCAUCUUUUCUACCACGUAAGGCAAAGCGAGAGAUUCAAUUGUUAAACAUAUUGUUGUUUAAUUUAGAUCAAAACGUAGGAAUUAAUAUACAAAACAUACAAUCUUUUUCAUUGAAUUCAUUUGAACGUUAUAACUUGAAAUGCGAGUACUUAGCCAGAAAGUGAACAUAUAUAUAGAAGCGUAUUUUCAAUAAAGCAAAAUUAUUUAAAAU